GUGCCACCACUUUACUGUGUCAAAAGUCAUAUUGGACAUAAGAUACGAAGAUUGUAGAGAUUUAAGGUCGUUUAUAUUAGGCGACAUUUCAAAGGGUUUUCUUCUUGGUUUAUGUCUAACUGGUUGGUCAAGCUUUGGAUCACUUAAGCCAGUUGUAGUCCAGUUCAUAUGUGGGCUGUCCAGUGGAUAUGAGAAUACCGACGGCACAAAGAAUAUAUCGGAAUAGUAAUCAAUGCUUCUACUAUGACUAUUCGAAAUUCGCUUCUGCCAAGGCUGAAGUUUGUAAACGAAAACAAGAUCGACAGGGCUUUUUACAUGUUGACAGUUACAGAAAAGAAGUUUUUCCGACUUAUAGAUUUGUGGAAUUAUACCAUGGCAGACUAAGCACUUCUGUUGCUGUUUUCGUUCCACCAAAUCGCUACACUACACAACCGUUUUCCCAGAUAUCAGAACCAAAUGAAUGUUCCACAUAUAAACGUUAUGUGCUGUUAUUGGGUUUGGCAGCUGGAUUAGUUAGUCUUGGGUCGCUCUGGUUAUACAACUUAUUUGAGUGGUGUUCAGGUUUACAAACUUUUGAAUAUCUGAAAAAGACACACCAGGUGUUCAGUCCAGAUGAAUCAGAAAACAAAAGACAAUUUUCAACUGGGCAUGACGACGACUUUGAUUUCAAACAAAGGAGUUCCAAUUAUUCCAAAAAGGUGGAAAGUAUAGUAGAUACACAAGUAGAUAUCGAUCAGUAUUUCGAUUUGCACUAUAUCCAUUACGAUCGUAAACUUCCUUCGAAGUCUGAAGAAAUAUUUCCUAGAAAAUGUGUCACAAGCACUGACAUCGUUAUCACGAAUAACGCCGAUCAUGGGGUCCGGUCACAUUUAUUAUGGACUAGUGGAUCCAUGAAUUGUCCUCAUUAUGGUUCAGGCUCAUAUAAGAUCUGUACUAUUUGUUGGCUAAAUAUGCCUGACUGCUGGCUUCAUGGCCCAACAUGGAGUUCUCUGAAUUGUCAAUUUAGUUCAAAUCAAUUAUGGAGAAACACUAACCUUUUAGGACUUCUCGUAUGCUUGCAGUUAAUAUACAGAGCAAUUUAUUUAGCUUGUAGUAGUGUAACGAAACAAUCUAACUCUACACAGACUAGCCCUAUAUCUACACCGAAUUUAAUAAACAGUGAGUAUUCGGAUUGUUUACAUCAGUUGUCGAAUACUCCUUUUAAAUUUGAUAGUGAGUCUAUUACAGCUCAUACACCUUUAGUAACAUCCACUGUCAACAUGACCCCGAUUUCUAACUGUCCACUCUUAGAGCAUAGUAAGAUAGGGUUCAAUCCUUCAAAAUCAGAUCAAUCCUGUUACUUGCUUCAAUCAAAAUUAAUGAGCUCAUUCGACAUAAAUUUCAAGAAAACCAGUUUAUGUGAUAAUCAACAAAAUAACAAUGUAAAAUCUCUUUCCACAUCUAUUGAUAACGUGUUAUUUCCAAGUAUGAAAAAUGAGAGCACUGAUCAAACGUCUAUGAAUAUUAAAUCAUCUGAUAAAGAUUUUAUAGUAGAUCCUAUUGCCACUAUAUCUACAGAUCAGUUAUUGUCAAAAGUUAUCGAAAUCCUUAAUCCUAAACAAGUUGAUUGGUUAAACAACUCACCAGUUGGAACAUCAUCAUCACGAUCAUUAAUUCAUCGUGUACAUAGUGAUGCUGUGUUAGAUAGAAAAAUGAGUAAAUCUUGUAAAUAUUUGGCGAAGGAAAAUGAUUAUACUACUCGGACUACUACCAAUCCACCUAUAUAUCAUCGUUCACGUUUUCAUUCCAGUUCAAAUUCAUCUACUUUGUCAUGUUUAAAUAUUGAUGAUAAUGAAGGUUUUGAGUACGAUGAUAUUAUUUCUAUCUAUGCAAAUAAAGAUGAAGUAAUGAGAAACAUUAACAAAAAUCAAAUGACUAUAAAACAUAUUCAUGGUGAUAACAAUGAUGAAGAUGACGGUGAUGAUGUUCUCAUUGAUGAGAACAAUGAAGAUAUAGACGACAAUAUUCUUCGACAACUCGACACAUUAUCUUCUCUUCUUAACAAUAAGUCUGAUAAUUUCUUCCAAGGUCAAUCAAGUGAAAUUUCAUCGGAUUUAAACAAAAGUACAUACAUUAUAAAUGCACCUGAUGACGUAUUAAUAUCAUUCUCAUCACCGUCAUCGUCACCGGGAAUUAAUAAAAAUCCUAAUAAUUUAUUACCUAGUAGUAAUUCCGAUGCAAUAAAAUUCACUGAUCUUACACAAAAAACUGUUGUACUCACAGAUGAGUUAAACAAACUAGGUGUUACACUUGAUCGUUUAUUGUAUAAACUACAAGCUAAUCAAAUUCAGUUGGAUCAAGCUGAAGAUAAUUUAGAUUAUAUGUGGUAUUUAAGAGAUAAUUUAGAUAAUAAUUUUUCGUCAAACACAUCUGAUUGUUGUUCUGAGUUUGGUUUAAGUGAUGUCGAAGCAGAAGCUUUACUAAAUGAUGAUGGUGAUGUUGAUUUAGAUGAAAAUGGCAGUGAUGAUGAUGAAUAUAAAGGGACGGAAGAUGAUUAUUGGUCAUCACAUGGUAGAAUGACACAAUCAUCUACUCAUCCAAAUGAUUACUGUCCUAUCCGUGGUGUUUCUGGUUAUUUGUUCAGUUCACAUGGAACACUUGAUAGUUCUCAUUAUUCUAAUUUAAAAAUCCCAAGUGAUAUUCGUAAUCAUUCAUCAAAUUUGGAUUCAGGGUUAGAACAAUCAGUUAUGACAUGUUCUGAAUCAUAUGCGCAAAUGUUCUCACCAAUGCCAGAAAAACAUUUAGAAAAUUCGCUUGAUCAUCACUUUUUAUAUAAUAGAUAUUUAUCAAAUUCUCAUGUCUUUAAAAAUUACUCACAUUCACUUCCAAAGUAUUCACGUUUUAAAAAACGAUGUAGUUAUAGUCAAAGGAAACGAAUGUGUAAUAGUGAGAGUAAUCGUUUUUCUACAAAUGUUCUUCCUGAUUCUGAUGGUUUUCUACAUCCAGAUACAACGACCUAUCCAAAAAAAUACUCUUAUAGUUUGAGCAAAUAUUCUUGAAACAACCGGAUCAAUGAAACCUGUCUUAUACAUUUCGUGUUCAGCACUCAGGUAAAGUAAAUCAUUAUGUUAGUAAUUCUCAAAUCUAUCAUUUUAUAGAAUUUAAUUGUCAGUCAUGCAUGCUUAUGCAACUUGAUGAAAUGGAAUAAAUAAGAACACUUAUAACUGUGAUAUAUAAUAGCAAUGUGUUUUAUAUUUGAUCUUGGUCAUGUGUUCAACUGUAAAAUAAAACUACUUAAUAUCAAACAUAUAAUAUGUAGAAUGUAUGAAGUUUUGAACACGUAUUUUUUAAAAGGCAAUAGUGUUUCUUUACAACUACAUACUGAGGUGGUCCUAAUGAGCAGGUUAGUUUUUGUGCGAGACAUCGAUGAGUAAUCCAUUUGUAUUGUUAAAGUUAUUAAAAUGAAAUUCCCUCGAUAUUAAAUUAGUUUACUUUAUUACUCUUCUUGGAACUAUGAUUUCUGACAAGAUCAUAACUUGAAGUAUGUUUCUCUGAUUAUCAUUUAUGACGUGGAAAUUGUGUUCUUGAAGUUCGGCCUGAUUUUAUUUAAAGUUAACCAUACACGUUUUCCAAAUUUCGUGACGGUUUUGUGUAUUGAGAGUGUUAUAUUCCUGUGCUAAGCCAAAGAUAAGUCAAAACAGUACUAGCAGCCUUCAAUCAACUCCCGAUCUUUAUUGGACCCCAAUGUAGUAGCUCCUCACCUAACUCAAUCUGUUCAGUUCAAAACACAAAUAUCAGUCUCCACUAUAUGAAUCGCAUAUUUCACACAUACUUGAUUUAUUUACUAGUAGACCAGACCUCAUCACACAAUGAAAUGAAAAAUGAUAAUUAUACAGGAUCAAAACAGAAGUGGAUGUGAGUAUAGGAGACUUUAACUAAAUAAUUAGGAAUAAAUCGAGAAUGGUAAAUGGUAUAACAGCAGCUAAUAUGUCGAAUGCAGGCUCAUGAUAAAGGGAAUAUAAAUGUAUAUAAUCUAGUUACUUAAUGAUUAUCCAAAAAGAAUAUACGUAAUAAUGGUUCAUAAAUAAUUCCUAGAAGUUACCAUUCAUUUAUUCUUCGUUUGGAUAUAACAGAGAGAACAACUGAUAAAUUUUUAAAAACUAAGUAUUACAUUAUACUGCUGAUUGUUUGUUUUAUAUAAGAAACAUUUGUUCAUUUGAGUAGAUGAAUAAACAAACACAUCACUUCUAGUGGACUAUAAAUGCGGCAUUUUAAUAUUCAAUAAUAGGAUGAGUGACAUUUUAUGCUUCAUAUCAAUCGAUUCUUUAUGCUAAGAAGUAAAUAAAAGUUAUUUUGACCUCGUUAUUUUCAAUAGUCAGUGAAAUUGUUGUACUUAUACGAUACAUUUGCUUCCUUUUACUACCUUUUUACUGUUGAUACAAAGUAAGUAACAGUCUUUUUUGAAUUAUGAAUAAAUACAGUAAAAUUAGUCUACUUAUCCAGUGGAUUGGUAUAUUAGUUAAUUGAAACUUCUUACAUUUCUAAAUAAAUCCAUGAAAAUCAUUAUCUGUAACGUUUUUUUGUAAACAUGUCCAUAUCAAAUAUCUCUAAACAAAAUCCUCAAACUGUAAACUGACAUAUGAACGGAAAAAAAUUGGAAGAUUAUCCGUUGGUAUCACAUAUUUGCCUCAAAUAAGCACAUAAAUAUGAUUCAGAAUGAAUAAUGAUGUUGCCAUUUCUAAGGUAAUCGCAUUAAUUUAUCGUUUUUGUAAACUGUUAAUAUCAUGAGUAGUAAAUGAUUGUACUCACUGAGAAACUAGUCUCUUAUUAUGUUCAAAUAUUAGUUUAUUAUUAUGAGUUUAUUUCAAGUUAUCUCGAAUACUUUGUUGUAGCUGCCUGGUUGUUACAUUUAGAUUUUAUGUUCACAGCUUAUUGAUGAUAAAUGAUAUAUACGUUAUUCCAUUUGUUUCUUGUCCCAUCGUUCUGGAAAAGAAACUUAUCAAAAACUGGUGUUAGAUUUGAGGUAUACCAGAUGUCCGUUACAGGUUGAUUCAAGAAACUCCCUUGAAUCUUAAACCUUAGAAAUUAAGCUUUUGUGCUAGUACUCUAAUUAAUGCAAGAAAUCUGCAAUUAAUUGUACUAGUGAUUUACUUUCCAAAAGUACAUGUUUAUUCGAGUCUAUAAAUGGAAAAUGAAAGUGUCCCGUGACCAGUGGAAUUCAACCAUGUCGAAUGUGAGACAGUUGUCAACCACAGUCUAUUGAUGACGGUUGUGCAAUAUCGUGAACCGAUUAAAGUUAGACAGCCACACCGUUGGAUGCUGGCUAAGCGUUUCCACGUGACACCAAUUAUCCUGGGUUCGAGGUUGUGAACACGAACUGACGAGGAGCUUUGUACUAGUGCCAAACGAUAGCCCGGUGCUUCCAGGUCUUUGAUGACUGUCUGAUUCGGAUCAGUUUGUGAUUUGAAAUAUAUGAAAAUUAUCACAGAACUGCUGAAAAGUCCAAAAAUAUCCUUCAUUUAAGUCUCUAAAAGCUCAGAAAACGCUAGGAAAUGUUUCAACUAACCAGCGCUGAACAGAAGCUUCCCAAAAGUAUCUAGAAUGUAAGGGAUCAAGUGUCACAUCUUUCAGUGGAUAAUUACCUGUGCCACUAUUAUAGUUAGCAUGUUUCCAGGAGGUUCUGAGGGUCGAAAGUCAUAUGUAAAUCUGUACAAUACUGUCCCAAAAAAAAUCAUCUUGAAGUAAAGCUUUUACUCACAUUUCGUACCUUAUCUCUCUCGUCUCAGCUGAUGUGCAAAAGUAGUCGGGAGGUUAUAAAAGUGAUCAGAAAGACAGUACUAAUGAUUUUAAUAGCAGAUUUAUCACAACUUCUAUACUGAACCUAAAUGUUUACAAAUUUUUCCUCAUAUUUAUCCAACAAUAAUAAUUUAUUCUGAAAUAAAUUACAUGAGGUGUGCCGAUUUACAAAUAAGAUUAAACUGUAACACGUAACUUUAUAAAGGUUACUGUGUAGAAUAUUCAGUCCAUUUGAUACGUUAUAAAAUACAUAUAUUCCUGGUAAAACCAGGAAAAAAGUGUUAGUGCACAAGCUUAGGUGAGAAUCAAAAUCAGAGGAUCAUUAAUAAUACAUCUAACACAAUUCGGUAACUGAUUGUGCAGUUGAAAAUGCAGAAAAUAGAACACUUCCUGGCCGUUGCUAUAUGAUAAUCUGUGUUGAUUUAGAAAUGAUACAAGCAAGAAAUACAGAUUUUGCCGGUGCAAAAUACUAAGAAUUAAUCCGCCAUCUCCUUUUAGAUAGGAACCCCAGUUGUCACAAAUAUGUAACACCUGGUAGUGUGGGGGACGCUACUCACAAUAUUGUUUGCAAGUAGUAUAUAGCGCAAAGUGGCGUCGUAGGACCGACGGAAGAGUUUCAAUAUGUUGAAAGCACAGCGUAGACAGAACAGUAGAAGACCAAAAGAAAAUACAUUUCGUACUUUAGAAUACACUGCAAGGUGCAAAUGAAUGAUCGAAGGCUGUGUAUACGUAUGAUAUAAACCCUUUGUAAUUUCUCUUAAUAAAUAAUUCUUCUACUCGUUGUCUUGUUCUAUAAAUGUUCUCAUCGGUAAUCUCCAGGUAUCUGUUAUGCCUGGCUUUCGUAGUAAGAACUUAUAUCAGAAGAUUCGCAUAAGUCGCUUGGUGGUUCAAGAUGGGGACAGGUGCCCCAUAGAUGUAUGUAAUAUUUUUCAUUGUGGUAAUUCUGGAAAAAGAAGAAAUGCCGAAAAACUGACAAGUAGUAUGAGAUAUCGACUAUAAAUGACCAAUUAAGUGUAAUCAUUUGUGAUGGAAGGAGUAAUGUAUGUUAAAAUAGUGGAAAAGAACCCUGCUAAAAAUAUGAACCAAUAAGACAUGUAUUAAACUUAAAUUGAAUUGUCUCCAUUUGACGAAUUGCCAUUCAAGUGGCUCAUAGUUUUUCUUCGGUUAUAAUGCGUCACAUUAAGUUAUAUCUGAUUGGUACGUUGAAAAAAGAUGAUGACUAAAGCUAAUGCUAUGUGCACAGGAAUUAUGAACUGUUCUAAUUGAUUAACAUUAAUAAACAGUUACUAACUUGAGUUAAAACUGGAUAUGUUUAUGAAGAAUUGAUGUAGUAUUGAAACAAUUAAAAACUUCGGCACCUGUUUUCUGAUUUCAAUGUGGUCGAUUUUAAUGAUACAGCUGUUAUUGAAGUGUAAACCAUGGUCACUUCAUAUAUGUUUUGUUAAAACACCACGUUGACGCAACAUAGAUAAUAAAGCUCAUAUACGAAUUGUAUUUAAAAUACUUACAUUUAAGACAUGUUAAUUUUGAACGGCAGACAAAUAAAAGAUGCAGUGAUUGUAUAAAGCAUUGCAGUUUAGUAAUGGACCAGCUAAUAAUAACAAAUUGAUUGUUUUUACAAAUCAUUUAAGAAAUACAGAAAGUGGGUCGACACAUGUAC